CAUCAAAAACAAUUAUAUCAUCAAAUCCCACACUUAUUAAACAACCCAAGAAAAAAGAAAAGAAAAGAAAAUUUCACUACAACAAAAUGAUGAAACAAGUUAUCAUCUUGUCCUUCUUCAUUGUUUUCCUCUUUCACUCUUCUUCUACUUUAGCUCAAUCUCCAGCUCACUCCCCAACUCAGCCUCAAAAACCAAUUCCUAAAGCUCAAUCGCCUACUACUAAACCCGUCCUUGCUCAACCGCCAUCUCAAGCAGUACUACCGGCUCCUUCUCAAGCUCCAACCCAAAAGCCUCUCCCUCACACCCCACCGCGAAAGCCAACCACUAAGCCAGCCCCGCCUAAUGUCACUGAGAUCCUCGACAAAGCUGGAGGCUUCAGUGUCUUCGUCCGCCUCCUUAAAAACACUCAAGUCGUCAAUCAGAUCGAAAAUCAACUCAACACUUCCAACAGCUUAACCAUUUUGGCCCCAACCAACGGCGGAUUCUCUAGUCUAAAAGCCGGCGCUCUCAACGGCCUUACCCCUGAGCAAAAAGUCCAACUCCUUCAAUACCAUAUCCUUCCAUCCUACGUUCCCCUCCAAAACUUCGAAACCCUAACCAACCCUGUCCGUACACAAGCCAGUAACACUGAGGAUUACCCUAUGAACAUUACAACAGAGGGAAACUUCGUAAACAUUUCUACUGGAAUUGUUAACGCUACACUUUCUGGUACAGUCUACUCUGAUAAUCAACUAGCCAUUUAUAGAGUUGAUACUGUUCUUCUUCCUUUAGGUAUCUUUGGCUCGAAAGCGCCUACUCCUUCUCCUACUCCUGCUCCUACUCCAGCUCCACUCGCGCAUUUAAAACCUAAGAAGUCUUCUACUCCAACAAGUACUUCAUCAUCAUCCUCAGCUGCUUUGCCUUCCAACUCAUCAUUGGCACCUAAAGCGCCUAAAAAGCCAUUAAAUUUGUCGUCAACCACCUCUUCCUCGAUCAGUCCUGUGGCGGCAUUGGAUGAAUCCGGUGUCGUUGCCCUAACUUCAAGUAAUGGUGUCAUGAUUGGCCUUGUUGUGACUGGGGUCGCUGCAGUUAUGAGUAUUUUGGGUUAAUUAUGAUCAAUAUGUUUGAGUACUUGUAAUUCAUAGAUCAUGAUUGAUGAUUUAUCCGGAAUAAUUUGAAAGUUAUUUAUCAUUUGUUAUUAUUUUAUAGUAGUAGUUAAAUAUAUUAUUGUAUGUUGUGAUGAUCAGAACUUUUGUAUUGUGUGGAUUUGGUUAAUAUAUAUUCUUUUGUUUUCCCA